CGAGUGAAAAUAAAAAUGAAAUUAUCCACACAAAAGUGGUGUGAGGAAGGUGGAAGAUUUUGGAUUCAAUUCACCGGAAUUAGAUGUCGACGGCGGCGACCCCCUCGAAUUCCGACUCCGACACGGAAACCGAGACCGUUCCGAGCUCCAAUCCUGGCUUUCCUUCCGAUUCAAUCACCGCUGGCUAUUCUUCCAGCCCUCCACUUGUUUGCCUUCUCAGAUUCGCCGGUGACUCCGCCGCCGGUGCUGUAAUGGGAUCCAUUUUUGGUUACGGUUCUGGAAUAAUCAAGAAGAAGGGUUUCAAAGGAUCCUUUGCCGAGGUCGGAUCAUCUGCGAAGACAUUUGCAGUUCUAUCCGGAGUUCACAGUUUAGUCGUCUGCUUUUUGAAGAGAGUGCGAGGCAAAGACGACGUCAUAAAUGCCGGUGUUGCUGGAUGCUGCACGGGCCUUGCUCUAAGCAUCCCAGGUGCACCACAAGCUCUGCUCCAAAGCUGUCUCACAUUUGGAGCAUUCUCAUUCAUAAUAGAGGGUCUUAACAAGCAGCAGCCAGCCCUUGCGGCGCCGUUAUCUACAAGGGUCAACCGGCACCAUCACGGGGUUCUUCCUCCAUUGGCAUUACCCCUGCCCAGUGAACUGAAAGGAUCCUUCUCAUCAUUUUGUAAGUCAAUAAGAAAAUGACAAAAUGAAAGAUGUUUUUUGUACUGUAGAAACCAGCAUACUUCUCUUUUAUGUAUUUCUUGUUGUAAGUUUCGAAUCCAUGCCUUGAAUUCGAAGCACGGCUUACUCCCA